CUUUUUGCCUUCAGCAACUUUUUUAUUUCAGAGAACUCUUCUUUCUCCGGCUCUCUCGUCAGUUAUCCUUCUGGGUGACGAAGCUGAGAUCAUCUUUCUCAAGUCGCCAACAGCUCUCGAGUCGUCGUCUCUACUUUUCAUCCAUUCAACUUGUUGAAUAGAGGAAGUAGAAAAGUACGGCAGGAAUGUCAGACAUCGGGUCAGCGAUGUCUGCAACCCGUUUUUCUUGCUUCUAGGUUAGGUUUUCACUCUUCGAUCUGUCCAUCGGCUGGCUUUAUUUAGUUUGCGGAAUUGUUAUAGUUUUUUUUUUUUUGGUGCCCUUCGUCUGGCUUUGGCGUGGUGCGGUUGUGGACUUCUGUUUUCUUGUUUCUUUGAUUUGAUAAUUAAAAGGGGGUUGCGUUCUGUGUGCUGUUUCCUGAUUGAAUUUUUGAAUAUCUUUGGCGUUUUGAUUGAAUGCUGUUUUGGUUCCUAUUCCGUUGCUGAGUUUUCCGUUUCUUCCUUUUCUCUGUUUGGUUGAUAAUUAGUGAAUUUCAUCUUUUGAGUAGUUUUAAUUGAAGGAAUUUCAUAAAGGAAGAGCUUUUAGGGUUCUCUCCAAGUGAUUGGCUUUUAGUCAGCCAUUUGGUUUUGUUUUUUCUUCCUUUUUUUUAAGAUCGCUUUUUUUUUUUUUGCGGUUAUUGUGAUUGGUGUGGCCCCCUGGAAUAUGGAUUCAAAGCGGGAGAAGUCUGAAGGUGAGGUAAAGGAAGGGGGUUUCCGGUCGAAAUUGAAGGGUUUAGGGAGCUUUAGUGGCAAGGAUAUGUUCUUUAGAGCAGAUAAAAUUGAUCUUAAGAGUUUGGAUAUUCAACUGGAGAAGCGGUUGAACAAGGCUUGGAGUGAGGAUAAGGUUGAGAACCCCAGGGAGGAAUGGGAGAUUGAUUUGUCUAAGCUUGAGAUUCGGUAUGAGGUGGCUCGAGGGACUUACGGUACUGUUUACAAGGGCGUUUAUGAUGGACAGGAUGUAGCAGUGAAGUUAUUGGAUUGGGGGGAAGAUGGCUAUGCCACAGAAGCUGAAACAGUUGCUCUUAGAGCAUCGUUUGAGAAAGAGGUUGCUGUAUGGCAUAAACUUGACCAUCCAAAUGUUACGAAGUUUGUUGGGGCCUCUAUGGGAACGAGUGAGCUCAAAAUUCCACAAAAAAAAUCACCAAGCAAUGGCAGCAAUACCCUCCCUGCUCGAGCCUGCUGUGUUGUUGUGGAGUAUCUUCCUGGGGGAACAUUGAAGACAUUUCUAAUAAAAAACAGCCGAAAGAAGCUUGCCUACAAAAUUGUAAUCCAAUUGGCAUUAGAUUUAUCCAGGGGAUUGAGUUAUUUGCAUUCACAGAAGAUAGUUCAUCGUGAUGUCAAAUCUGAAAAUAUGUUGUUGGAUAGCCAAAGAAAUCUCAAAAUUGCUGAUUUUGGUGUCGCUCGUGUCGAGGCACAGAACCCAAAGGAUAUGACCGGCGAAACCGGCACCCUUGGCUACAUGGCUCCAGAGGUCCUUGAUGGUAAGCCCUACAAUAGAAAAUGUGAUGUAUACAGCUUCAGCAUUUGUUUGUGGGAGAUUUACUGUUGUGACAUGCCAUAUCCUAAUCUAAGCUUUGUUGAAAUCUCAUCUGCUGUUGUUAGGCAGAACUUGAGACCAGAGAUCCCUCGCUGUUGCCCCACUGCCUUGGCAAACAUUAUGAGAAGAUGUUGGGAUCCAAGUCCUGAGAAGAGGCCAGAAAUGGAUGAGGUUGUGAGGCUUUUGGAGGCGAUUGACACUAGCAAAGGAGGCGGCAUGAUUCCAGAUGACCAAGUUACCAAAUGCUUAUGCUUCUUAUUUCCAACCCGAGGUCCUUAGUCUGUUCUUCUUCACCUCAACCUAUGUGUUAUUCUCUUCUCUUCUUUAUUUGCUCGUCCUUUUUUUUUGUGUAUAAAUGUGAUAGGAAACUUUUGAAAUUUCCUUUCUGAUGCCAUCUCUUCUGAAUAUUGACAGUAUUCAAUCUUAUAUGAUAUCAUAAUCGUCUUACUUUUUUUUUUUUUUAA